AUGGACAACGAGAAAGCUAUCAGAUUCGAGCUCGAAUGCAGACGGACUGGAAAUUUUCAUGAUACGGUUGCUGAUGUUCAAUUCAGCACAAUGCCGAGACACAUGGAAAGAGAAGCGUGCACUUUGGCGGCAAUGUCGAUCAAGCUCUAUCAUCUGGAGCACGACAUCGCCCGUCAUCUCAAAGUGUCGUUCGACAAAGAUUAUGGGCCCGAUUGGCAUUGUGUUUGCGGAAAACAUUUCGGAUCAUUUGUGACCUUUGAACCUGAAUGUUUCAUCUACUUCCGAAUCGGCACCACGGCAUUCAUGUUGUUCAAAACAACCACCCGACGCCUUCCAAUAAUCGAGCAACAUUUGGAGAACAUCAUCGUAACACCUCGGACCAUUCUAGCCGGAAAUACGAGCAAAAAUGUCGAAUGA